AGAGUUGAGAUCAUAUAAUGAAGAGGAAGACUGACAGAAAGAGAAGAUGGCUGAUAAGUGUCACUUGUGUCUGCUGGGACUGAUCUUUCUCUCUUCACUUCUCACAGGUCUCAGUGGAGUGGAUGAUGCUCAUGUGUUCAUCAGUUCUGGUGAAGAUGUCCGUCUGCCCUGUAAUAAUGCUCUUCCUGGCUGUAAAUCAACUACAUGGAUCUAUAACAGAUUCAGUUAUUCAUCAGCAGUUGAACUGUUUUCUGGAGGGAGAAAGAAGACAGACAUAGAGAAACAUGAGAGACUGAGUCUGGAGUCUGACUGCUCUCUGAACAUCAAGAGCGUCACAAAAGAAGAUUGUGGAUCUUACAUCUGCCAACAAUAUGUGAAUGGACACAAACUGAGAACUGAUGCUCGUGUUUUUCUGAAUGUUCUUCAUGUCUCUUCAUCUGAGAUCAGUGCAGGUCUCUCUGUGACUCUCUUCUGUCAGUUGUAUUCAUCAUAUCCUCGAGUCUCUUGUGGUGAUUUGAUCCGUUCUGAGCGAAUUGAUCUGUUCUGGGUGAAUCAGGCUGGUGAUAAACUGACAAACUCAGACUCCAGAUAUCAGAUAUCAGCUCCAGAUCACUGUAUCAUCUCUCUGAAGACAACAAUCCUGAAUGAAGAUCACAACAGAGAGUGGAGAUGUGAAGUUACUCACAGAGAUCAACUCAAGACCUCAGUCUCAUACACUGUCAAGAUCUCAGGUGAGAAAACAAUCUCAUGAUCAGAUGUAGAAGAGUCUUAGAUGUGUUAAUAUAAUGAUAGAUAAUGUUAGAGUCAUCUUGUGUUAAGUGAUUGAAAUAUGAUUGUCAUGUUUUAUGAUGAAUCUGAACUAAC